UCGCGGCGAUCCUUCUGUCGGUUCCACUGCUACAGCGGAACGAUCGAUUCAGCAGGCACUGAGCAGCAGCAGCAGCAGCAGCAGCAAUUAUUGUGCACCCCAGCCCCAGGAACUCAAGUCGUGCAGCACAUUGAGAGAACGAAAUGGCGUGAGCAUUGAAAAUUCUUAGCACUAGACUCGGGAACAAGCGCGUUCUUGGUUCGUAUUUCCGAUCGUGUGAAUGUUAUCUCUGCAAAACAAAAUAACAUCCACAGAAAAAACCACAAACACACACAAACACAUCCAAGCUACCCCCUCUUAUGAUGCACCAAACUACACUACACUACACUUGUCCGCGAGCACGAAGGAGGGAGGCGCCCAUUGCAAGGACAUUGCAUCCUAAAGUCCUGGAUCCUAAAGUCACUUAGAAACACGUCCAUACGCAUACGCCAUACGGACCGUGGUGAGAAUAGUCAAUAUUUAGUAUUGUUCCGGUAUGAUCGGCCCCUCUACUGCUCGGAUCGGCUCGGGUCUGUUUGCUGAUCAUCAACCCGCUUCGCCUUCGUCCUGUUUCAUUCAUUUCUGGUCGUCCGAUCGAACCAUCUCAAAGGGGAACGAUCUCCUACAGCAAACAGGAUUGCUCGCUUGCACUCCCCCCAUGUUUGGCCCCUGGUCUAAGCCAGCCCCGAGCACAACAACCUAACUGUAGUAUACCCGCUUUGAGAGGAGGAUAGUGGUUCGUUGGUCCUCGCUAUUCUCGCUAGAUAUCGGAUCCCGCUGCUUUCAAGAUCUCUCGUGCAUAAGAUUUCAUUCGGUCACGUUUUGGGUGGUGUGGAGGAGGGAGGAAGGAAUGGAGAGCAGGAAGGUUGUGCACCGGGACGAGCAAGGACGUGACGCGCCGUUUAAUAAUUCGAUUCGCGCCGUGAUUCUUCCACUGUCAUUGAUUUGAUGUUUAGCUUAUUUAAGUUCCUCCCCCCAAAAAAAAAAAAACACAUCCGUACUUUGUCAGCCGAUGCGAACCACCCUUUUUCAUUUGCUCUGUUAUCGUUAUCAUCCUUCUCGUUGUACACGUCGUCCCGUCUGCUGCUGUGAGUACGCGUGAAUGUGUUUUAGUUUUAUUAAUUUCUCCCUCCUUAUUGGUUAGAGAGAAAAGCGAGCAAGUAAAGCGACAACACAAAACACCUUAGCAGACCAGCAAAAAAAAACACAGACACACAAACAGCAAAUAAUAAUCGCGUAGCUAGAACAUGAUAAAACAAAUGAAGAAAGAGAGAAAAGGAGGGUAAAAAAAGGGAGAAGAAAUCCUCUCAAUAUCUUACGCAACAACAAAAAAAAAACAAAGUUAGGUAUAACAUUUCUUGUUUCUACUAAUUCAACUAAAAACCACAGUGAAACAAACUAAACUAGCCG